CGCUGUCCGCGGGGCGUGUUCUGCUGAAGCUCUGAAACUGAACACGCGUUAGAAAAGCCGCUCAGUCUCCAGAGGACGCAACAGCAGGAGCCGCAACGCGCGCACUUUGACCGCUUUAAUAUGAGGAGCUCAAAAAGAAAAGCUUCGGCCAUGAGGGGACCGUCGCUGCAGGUCUCCCUGACGCUGGUGCUGCUGCUCGGCCUGAGCGCCGCGGACGCUGCGACCCCUCAUUCGAACGGAGCGCGUGCGAGCGCGUGUUUGCAGCCGCCCGUCGGCGCGCUGCUCUCCCGCGGUAAUCCGGGCCCCGCGGCCUCGACAGACGAGGUGCUGGAGUCCAGUCAGGAGGCGCUGCACGUCACGGAGCGCCGGUACCUGCGGCUGGACUGGUGCAAGACGCAGCCGCUGAAGCAGAGCAUCAAGGAGGACGGCUGCCUGGAGCGCGUCAUCCUCAACCGCUUCUGCUACGGACAGUGCAACUCGUUCUUCAUCCCGAGGCACAUUUACCAGGACGGAAACGCCUUCCAGUCGUGCUCAGCCUGCAGACCCAAAACCUUCAGCACCGUCACCUACACCCUCUACUGCCCGGGACAGACCCCGAACACCAGGAAGAAACGGGUCCAGCGCGUGAAGCAGUGCCGCUGCGCAACGAUCGACACGGAUUAGUGUUCGUCCGGAUCGAUCAGAUCAGCGUCCAGACCCUCGGAAGCACCGCUGAUUCUACUUAUCAAGUACGUUAACUCCAAGUAAACAGUUUUAUUUGUGACGGCAAAGGACUGCGAGCGGGGAACGGGUUGGAGCCAAAGACGUGCGGACAAUGGUUCCACUGGGACGGACACGUCCAAGGACGUCCACUUUACGGUGUCACUGUAAUCAUGCGUUGUUGUAUGUGAAUAAAUGUUUCAAACUAUGAAA